GCCUGAUGGAGAGGAAGCGGCACAUUCUGCAUGGCUGCAAGGAGCAGCAGAGAGAAAAGUGCCCUGCUGUCAGUCAUCUGGAAAACCACCAACUCCCAAAGAUGCCGUCUACUUCGUCUGAAUGGGGAGCCAGCCCAUCUGGAAGCAUUUCCUCUUCCCAGGCGUUCCCCAGGAUGAAGCAGUUUCGUUGACAUACUCUGCUGAGAAAUUGAAGCAGGAUUGGAGGCUUGGACUUCGAUAGCAGACUGAGAGACGCCUGAAUCCAUCCUCGCUGGGUUUGGGGGGGGGGAGGGGGAUGAACACAAAAAUGGCUACGGAACAGGAAGCGUCAGCAACCCUGGGCCUCCGUUUCCAGUCUGUGCCGGAGGAUGUGGCUCUGCCCCCUGUGGACCCAGAGGGUCUGGAUUCGGCAGCCAGGUUGGAAGGGCCUCACAAAUUUCACCUCAGCGACCUUUGUGGGAAAAGCGAGGACCUCCUGAGCUGCAGAGGGGAGUUGGCGGUCAGAAGACCCAAAUGGGGCAACCCUCCAGCCCCUUGGGAUGUCACAAAGACUGGCUUGCUUUCCUUGGAUGGGCUGGGCGAUCAGAGCGGAGAACAGGCCACACAACUCCUACCAGGCCACAGUAGGGAAGCGAAACCAGCCUCCAGCUGCUUGGACUCUGAGGUGGGCUACACAGACCCGUGGGGGAAUCCCUCGGAAAAGGGUGCCGUCGCCCUGGAGAUGCAACGGCUGAACUUUCGCCAGUUCCGAUACCAGGAGGUCGCGGGGCCACGGGAAGUGUGCAGCCAGCUCUGGUACCUCUGCCACCGGUGGCUGAAGCCAGAGAGGCAGAGCAAGGAGCAGAUCCUGGAGCUGCUGAUCCUGGAACAGUUCCUGGCCAUCCUGCCACCGGAGAUCCAGACCUGGGUGAAGAGAGGAGGGCCCGAGAGCUGUGCACGGGCGGUGGCCCUGGCAGAGGCUUUCCUGCAGGGACAACGGGAAGUCGGGAGUUGCGGGGAGCAGGGGGUUUACCAGCAGAAGAUGCCUGUGAAUCCCCUUGAAGCUGACCAGGCUCCUUCAGAGACCGGAGAGAAGCAGCCUGGUGGAGAGGUCAAGCAGGAGGGCGACAGGGGUGGCAGCUGCAUGGGUGAUGGAAAGACGAGAGAAAUGGAGGAUUCACAGGUGAAAAUUGCAGAGCCAGUGGAGCUGCCAGACAAAGGGGACGGAAGGUGUCCCCUACCAACAACAGAGGAGGAAGAAGAUGCUCCUUCGAUGCAGCCUGGACCCAAGAGGAAGUUGGGAAAGGGUUCAGAGGAGAGCAUCACUUGCGGAGAAGUCUCUGCCCAUCUUGGCGAACCCGUGAACCAGCCGAAAUCUCCCCGAGGCAAGCAGGAGGCGACCUGCAGUGUUUGCGGAAAGAGCUUCAGCCGCCGAACGGGCCUUCUGGCCCACGAGAGGGUGCACACAGGGGAGAAGCCCUACAAGUGCCCGCACUGCGGGCGCAGCUUCCGCUCCAAGUCCACGCUGGUGGUUCACCAGAGGACCCACACGGGCGAGAAGCCCUACCAGUGCCAGGCCUGCGGGAAGAGUUUCCCGGUGACCACGCAGCUCAUCGAGCACGAGAGGACCCACUCGGGGGAGAAGCCCUACCAGUGCGCCGAGUGCGGGCAGAGCUUCCGCCAGCGCUCGCACCUCAAGAACCACCAGAAGAUCCACACGGGCCUCAAGCCCUUCAAGUGCUCGUACUGCGGCAAGGGCUUCAGCAUCAGCUCGGACCUCAUCCGGCACGAGAGGGCCCACACGGGAGAGAAGCCCUACCAGUGCCCGGACUGUGGGAAGCGCUUCUGCAACAGCUCGCAGGUCAUCACGCACCGCCGCGUCCACACCGGGGAGAAGCCCUACAAGUGCCUGGAGUGCGGGAAGGGCUUCGCCGUCAGCCAGCAGCUCAUCCGGCACCAGGCGGUCCACACCGGGGAGAAGCCCUACCAGUGCCUGGAGUGCGGGAAGACUUUCGGCGUCAGCACCCUCCUGGCCGGGCACCUGAGGAUCCACACGGGGGAGAAGCCGUACGAGUGCUCCGAGUGCGAGAAGUGCUUCCGCCUCCGCUCGACGCUCAUCACGCACCUGAAAAUCCACGAGGCGAGGAAAACUUAGGACCGGAAGGGGAAGGUCAAGAAAGAGAG